GGGGUGACGCGAUGGUUCCGAUCUCAGCGGCUCAUUCCCCCUUAUCACCCCUGUCGGCCAAGGAGGAGGGAAUCGCCAAUCCGCCUUAUAUUAGACGUGGCCUUCUUUCCACUCCAAACACGGACGGAGAGAGGACUAGAGAGAGAGGACUUGGAAGCUUGUUAGAAUGGCGAAUCCUACUUCCAGGCUCUCGAUCCCUCACUCGCACCGAUGCUUCCUCUCUUCUCCUCCCCGCUACCGACUGAAACCCUCUUCCUCUCCAAAGAAGUGGCCAUGGCUUUCCUCGGCGCUUCGUCAGGUCAGGUCGGAGAUGUCUUUCUCUGUUGGAACUUGUCUCAUUCCACACCCAGAAAAGGCUGACAGGGGUGGUGAGGAUGCUUUCUUUGUUAGCAGUUACAAUGGGGGAGUUCUUGCCAUUGCUGAUGGUGUUUCAGGAUGGGCAGAACAGAAUGUCAAUCCUGCACUCUUUUCUCAAGAGUUGAUGUCAAAUGCUUCAGGGCUAGUUAUGGAUGAGGAGGUCAACUAUGAUCCUCAAAUUCUCAUGAGGAAGGCCCAUGCUGCAACCUCCUCUGUAGGAUCAGCUACGGUGAUUAUUGCCAUGUUGGAAAAGAAUGGAACUUUGAAAAUAGCAAAUGUUGGAGAUUGUGGUUUGCGAGUUCUUCGGAAAGGUCAAGUGAUUUUCUCUACGCCACCACAAGAACAUUAUUUCGACUGUCCUUACCAAUUAAGCUCUGAGAUAAUUGGUCAAACUUAUCUUGAUGCCAUGGUCUGUACUAUAGAAUUAAUGGAAGGAGACACAAUUGUCAUGGGUUCAGAUGGCCUUUUUGACAAUGUCUUUGAUCAUGAGAUUGUUUCUACAACCUCCAGAUUUAAAGAUGCAGUAGAGGCUGCAAAGGCAUUGGCUGAUUUAGCAAGAGAUAAUUCAAUGGAUGUCAGUUUUGAUUCACCCUACUCCAUAGAAGCCAGAAGUAGGGGUUUUGAUGUUCCAUUGUGGAAGAAAAUUCUGGGUAGAAAACUAACAGGUGGUAAGCCAGAUGAUAUUACUGUGAUCGUGGGGCAGGUGAUAAGUUCGUUAAAUGAUAAAAAAACAGAAGAAGCAUUGCUAAAGCAAAAGGAUUUAUCUUGAUUUAGUUUAUAUAAUAUACCAAACUUUGAGCAGUAAAGAUAAAUAUUUUUUAUUACAUUUAACGUGUAUUUGAGCACAGUGCACGCCCCUAUCUGAAUGUCUUCUGUUAAUUGCAUGUUUUUCUUUUUUUUUUCCCUUUAUUUUUCUGUUUUUGUUUUGCACCGAAGCUAUCUACGGCUAUAUCAUGAAUACGUGCUAAUGGAACCUAAAGACGUUUAACAGGGAAUUCUAGGAUUCACGGAUUUGAGAUGCUGCAGAUAUAUGGAUUAAGACGAGUAUGCUCAACCAAAAGGAUAUCUCAAGAUUUUGAUGCCAAUGUUUCUAGGCAUCAGUAGUUAUCUACUUGCUCGGGCGUGCAUCGUAAAAUAAUCAAAAUAUCCUGGAAAGUUUAUUUUGGUAAAUUUUCAGUGGAGGCACUAUAUUUAACCUUUGAAAUCUUGAAGCAAGUCUUAUAAGAAUAGAAGUUACUUAUUACGGUACACAUUACAAGCUACUAGCUUUCUAGAAAUUGAAUACACUCGAACAAAUUAUGGAUCAACA